AUGGAAUUUGUUAAUACAAAAGAUGAUAUCAUUCCAAGCAAUACGUCAGAGCAUAGCACAAAAGGUGCCAACGACCAUCGCCAUCACUACACCCUCUUCUUCUUCACUUCAUUCCUAAAUUCGAAGCCCCCAUUUCCAAACCCUAAAUCAACCUCUUCUUCUCCACAGUCUUAUAUCAAGAAGGGAAGAAAUCCCAGAGAAAACUCGAUCUUUUUGUUCUUUAUCAAUCCGUCCAUUCGUUCCUGCUCCUCCACUGACACAUGCACUUCUUUGAUCAUUGAAUAUUUUCAGAACGGGAAUGUUUUCAUUGAUGGGGAAAGAGGGAUUGCAGAGACAGAUACUGAUUUUAUUUGUGCGACAAUGGAUUGGUGGCCACCGGAGAAAUGCGAUUAUGGUUCUUGCAGCUGGGGUUAUGCUUCUCUCCUCAAUGUGGAUCUUAACAACACAAUCUUUCAGAAUGCAAUCAAAGCCUUUUCACCAUUAAAGAUUCGAUUGGGAGGAAGUUUGCAAGAUGAACUUGUCUAUGAAACCGAAGAUCAAACUGAAUCCUGCAUCCCAUUUUCCAAAAACACCUCAUCGUUAUUCAAUUUUAACCCAGGCUGCUUACCUCUAUCCAGAUGGGAUGAACUAAACACCUUCUUUAAUGAAACCGGAGCUGUAAUUAUUUUUGGAUUAAAUGCUCUCAAUGGAAGGAAAGUUCAAGCAGAUAGUUCAACCAUUGGAGCUUGGGAUUCCACCAAUGCUGAAUCUUUUAUUCGUUAUACAGUUAAAAAGAAUUACACCAUUUAUGCUUGGGAACUCGGGAAUGAGUUAAGUGGAAAUGGAGUUGGAGCAAAAGUAACAGCAUCUCAAUACGCAAUUGACACAACUACCCUCAAGAACAUAGUAGAAGAAAUUUAUGAUGGGAUUGAACCUAAGCCACUAAUUAUCUCACCAGGUGGAUUCUUUGAUGCAAAAUGGUUCAAAGACUUCAUAAACAAAACAACCGAAAUUCUUGAUGUAGUCACUCACCAUAUAUACAAUCUUGGCCCAGGAGUUGAUCAAAACCUUGUUGAAAAGAUUCUUAAUCCAUCUGUUCUUGAUAAUGAGAUCGAUACAUUUAAGCAACUCAAGAACAUUCUAGAAACUUCCGGAAGUUUAGCAUCUGCUUGGGUUGGUGAAGCUGGUGGAGCUUACAAUAGUGGACACAAUCUUGUGACUAAUGCAUUUGUGUUUAGUUUUUGGUAUUUGGAUCAGCUAGGAAUGUCAGCUGUUUACAACACAAAGACAUACUGUAGACAAUCUUUAAUUGGAGGAAAUUAUGGCUUACUUAACACUACUACUUUUGUGCCAAAUCCAGAUUACUAUAGUGCUCUUUUGUGGCAUCGACUAAUGGGAACAACGGUGCUUUCCACAAACUUUAGUGGGAGCAAAAAAAUCAGAUCAUAUGCACAUUGUGCUAAACAAUCAGAUGGAAUAACACUCCUACUCAUCAAUCUAGACAAAACCACCACAUUUAAUGUAAAUUUGUCACUAAAGAUGUCAAUUGAAAUUCAAAUGGUGAGGGGUGGAUCAAGAACACGAGAGGAAUAUCAUCUGACAGGAAAAGAUGGAAACUUGCAUAGUCAAACAAUGGUGUUGAAUGGGAAAGAUUUGAUUUUAAAUCCUGAAGGUGAGAUACCUCCAUUAGAGCCUUUGUAUGUAAGUUCUUUGAAGCCAAUAGUUGUGGCUCCUUAUUCUAUUGUAUUCGCCCAUAUCCCAUAUCUUACUUUGGAUGCUUGCAGCAAUUUGGUCAUGGAGUUUUAAGAGUACAGAAAUUUGCUGUAUAAUUUCUUGUUCUUUUUGCUUGUUUUAAGAUCAAAUGCAGUUUUGUUGUUGGUGUUUAUAAAUACAUCUUGG